CUUUCAUCGACCCAGUGUGCGACGGUUUGUAAAUAGCGAGCCGUGUCUAUCUAUUUAUAUCUCUAUUGAUCUUACCGGGUAUCUUAAAUAUUAAACCAACACACGGUGACAUUUAUGCUACAGAUAUGUGGAAUUUAGUUUUAUGUGGAUUAUCGGGAAUAUUGUUAGGGGUCUUGUUUUCUUUCCAGCGUUCGUGUCCUAUAUGUUCAAAAUUUGACUACGAUGAAAAACUACUGGAAAGGGUUAUUCGAAAUGACAUUUUACUGAACGAUGCAUUGGACAAAAUAACUGAAACCAAAGCAAAAGUUGAACACGUUUUGACGAGAAUAAUUGAAGACAAUGCCAAAGCUGUAAACACACUGGACGUAAAGAGGAAGGAGCUUGAUGACAAUGUAGAGUCGUUCAUCAACUCUGUGACAAGGAACGUAUCAGUAACAGUUGAAGAAAUGAAAGCGAGCCUCAAAUCUCUCGUAUUACAAACUGAUAAUGAACUGAAGGCGAAAACACGGCAGAUUGAUGAAAAGGUUGAGGAUUUUUUUUACUCUGCUUCCCAGGCGGUACAUCGAAAUGUUACUGACCUGUCAUCUGCGGUACAGUUACUCGUGGAAAGGACCGCUAGUGAAUUGGAUAUUAUCAAAGAUCAGUUAAAAGUCCCUACAAGUUACUUUCGUGCGCGCAUUACAGCCAGCUACACAGAACUAUCAGGUGCCCAAGAUGUUGUCUUCCCGACAGUUGAUGUAAACGAAGGUCAGGGUUAUGAUCCUUCAACAGGAAAAUUCACAGCUUCGAUCCAUGGAAUGUAUCUGUUCAGUGUCCAGUAUUGUGUGGAAAACAAUAAAGUUGUUCAUCUUGAAAUAGUGCAUGGAGGCAAGACGUUACAGAGGUCAACCGAAUAUGAUUCAAGCGCAUAUUUUCGAUGUGUGACUAUGCAGGUAUCAUCAGUGGUUGCCAUGGGAGACAUGGUCUGGGUGCGCUCUACGGAAUCGAGCAUGUUGUUUUCAGAUUCGAUCAGAUAUAAUUCAUUUUCUGGCACAUUGAUUCAUGUAUAACCACAAUAUGAUGCAAUGCUACACACUUCAAAUCUUGAGGAAGAAGACGCCAAUGGUGUGCCUUUAAAUGUUUCGACUCUAUUUAAAUAUUUUAAUUUUAUAGUGUUUGUUCAAUUAAGGUUAUUCACGCAUAUCUGCAUGAUAUAUAUGAAGAAUUUUUUCUAUAAUACAGACUAUCAGCAUAAAAAUGGUAUAUAAUGCAUGUUUUAUAUGUAUUUUUUUUGUUUUGAAUGCUGCUGCUUAAUAUCGUUGUACUGUUUUUCAAUAGCUUUUGGUUAUCGGUAUGUCUCGCUGGGUGGUUUCCUCAAUACAUGAUAAAUAACUUGUUAACAACCAACAAUUUAAAAAGAAAUUUCAUAAUAAGAUUGUAUAUAUGUUAAUAUGUUUUAUUGCAGUAAGUGUGACUUACGUAUGUACAUAUAUGCUUUUAUUGAAAUGUCAAUAUCUUUCUAAAAUUUGGUUUGAUAUAUCAAUUUUAAAUGUAUAAGUCGUUGCUUUGAAUAUCGCAUUUAUUUAGUAUAUAUGAAUUGCGCCAUGAGAAAACCAGCCUUAUUGACAAUUUUUUCGAUUUUUACUUAUUUGAAUGUUCGGUAUUUACGUCCUUUUACUGUUCGAAAUAUGUAAUAAACGUCAUACUUUUCUUCUUAUAGUCUAUAAUUAUUUCCAUUUUCGUGAACCAAAUUAAAUGAAUGUAACGCUAAGACGAACGUUCAUUACGACGUAAUUUUGACGUCAUGUCGUACGGAUAUUUGUUUUUUUAAUUCACUACGGAUGUCUUUUUUGUGUAAUGUCCGUAAUCAUUGAUUGAUAAUUUCCAUGUUUUUUCUUUUUGAUACCAAUGACGUUAAUGUGUUGCUGUUUGGUUAUUGAGUUAAUAUUUAUUUAUGAUUUCCUUUUUUUCUAUUUAAAUAACUCAUUCUAUCUGUUUGUAAUACAAACAAACGUGCAAAAUACAUCAUAUAUUUACUUUUAGUGGUUAAACGAAACAUUUUAGCAACAAUACAAAUGCCACAUGCUGUCUAACACGGAAAGCCAAUGCGACCCGAGCUGACAAUAUAGAGCGCACGUUGUCACGCCGUGCUGCAGAUAAUCCAGCGGCAAGUAUCGGCACUUGGCGAUCGGUGUUCGUGAAGCGAAAAAAAUUGUUCUUCAGCAAACAAAAGGAGGUUUCUUCACCGUCGCUAGAUGUCUUCACCAUGACUACGCCGUGGGUUGCAGACGACAUUCGGAAGUACUGAUAUUUCCUGUAGCGGAAGAACACAUGUUAUUUGUGGUAGUUUCUCCAAAUGAAAUAAGUGUAAAUAAAUAUUUGCGUACAA